UUUUUUAAUAUAUAUAUAUAUAUAUAUAUCCGUUUUCUUUUAAAUUCAAAUCUUCACUUUCCAUUGCUUGUGUAAAAGAAAUGUCUAUAAUCUGAGGUCUUUCAAGUUGGAAUCUUUGAUAAUUUUGGAUUAGGGUUAGGGUUAGGGAUUUUGUAGAUAUGAUAAAACAGAUAUUAGGAAAGCUGCCUCGCAAGCCAUCGAAAUCAUCUCAAAAUGAUUCAAAUGGUGAUGGAGGAGUCAGUGGUAAUUCCUCUUCAAACCCUUCUCAAGGACCCAAUUCUUUAAACAACUCAAAACCCGGUUCAGCUUCUUCGAAAUCCUCGAAUUCCGGUUCACGUUUGAACAAUGGGACUCUUAAUUCAUAUUCAUCCAGUUCGAAUAAAUCGAAUCAAGGGAAGAAAACGGCCCCUAUUGCAAGCCAAGCGGGUUCUAUAUUAGCUUCAGGGGUCUAUGAGGCUUUGCCUGGUUUCCGGGAUGUUCCAAGCUCGGAAAAGCAGAACCUUUUUCAUAGGAAGUUGAAUAUGUGUUGUGUGGUUUUUGAUUUUAGUGAUCCAUCUAAGAACCAUAGGGAAAAGGACAUAAAGAGGCAGGCGUUGUCAGAGCUUGUUGAUUAUAUUUCGUCGGUUACAUCCAAGUUCAAUGAGGUCGCAAUGCAAGACAUUACUAGAAUGGUGGCUGUUAAUCUGUUUCGAACAUUUCCACCUCCGAAUCAUGAUAACAAGCUUCUAGAAAUGAAUGAUUUGGAAGACGAGGAGCCUGCCUUGGAUCCCGCAUGGCCUCAUCAUCAGAUUGUAUAUGAACUUUUACUUAGAUUUGUGGCCUCACCGGAGACUGAUGCCAAGCUUGCUAAAAGAUAUAUCGACCAUUCAUUCGUGUUGAAAUUGUUGGAUUUAUUUGAUUCUGAUGACCAAAGAGAGAGGGAGUAUCUAAAGACAAUUCUACAUCGGAUUUAUGGGAAGUUCAUGGUGCAUCGGCCAUUUAUUAGAAAAGCCAUUAACAAUAUCUUCUAUUGGUUUAUUUUUGAGACAGAGAAGCACAAUGGUAUUGCUGAGUUGCUCGAAAUCUUGGGGAGUAUAAUAAAUGGGUUUGCUUUGCCUUUGAAGGAAGAGCACAAGCUCUUCUUGGUCCGAGCUUUGAUCCCUCUUCACAAGCCUAAAUGUGUUUUCAUGUACCAUCAGCAACUUUCUUAUUGCAUUACUCAGUUUGUUGAGAAAGACUUCAAGUUGGCUGAUACCGUCAUCCGAGGCCUUCUAAAGUAUUGGCCUGUUACUAAUAGUUCAAAGGAGGUAAUGUUCCUUGGAGAGUUGGAAGAAGUUCUAGAAGCUACUCAGGCAGCAGAAUUCCAGCGCUGCAUGGUUCCUCUUUUCCGUCAGAUUGCUCGCUGCCUCAACAGCUCUCAUUUUCAGGUAGCUGAACGAGCUUUGUUUUUGUGGAACAAUGACCACAUAAGAAAUCUGAUUAACCAGAACUGCAUAGUAAUACUCCCUAUAAUCUUCCCAGCAUUGGAGGGAAACAUAAGUGGCCAUUGGAACCAGGCAGUUCAGAGUCUUACGCUGAAUGUCAGGAAGAUAUUCUCGGAUGCUGAUCAAUCGCUCUUUGAUGAAUGUUUGGUCAAAUUCCAAGAAGAUGAAGUGAAGGAAAAAGAGAUGCAGGAGAAGCGAGAGCUAACCUGGAAGCAGUUGGAAGAUGUGGCUGCGUCUACCUCUGUAAGCGAUGAGGUUGUACUGGUUUCAAGAUUUGUCUCUUCCAUUGCCAUCGCCACCAGCACAAGUCCAAAGGCAAUGGCAGGCAGUUGAGAGACGCAACAAAUGUAAUUUGUAAGAAAUCAUUCACAUCCAUCAUAGUGAAAUCAUCCUGGGUGUAGAAAAUGGUGCACCAUGGGAAUCGGUUGAUGUCACUUCGGUUUUUAACAGCUGAGUCUCAACCUCUUGAAUGACAAACGGUGGGGCUCUAUGGAUAUUAAGCUUUCAUUUUUUAUCUUUUUUUUUCUCCUCUCCCAUACCCCCUUCCUCUUCCAUGAUGGAGGUGCAAGUGUGUGUAUCAUAAGGGAUUAGUUCGUUGGAUUUACUGUCAGAAAUUAUUCAUUAUUGGUAGUUUUUUUUGUAAUGAUGCAAGGAUUUUUUUUUUCUGCACACCCCAGUCCUAUAUUUAUAUGUGACUAUUGGCUGCACUGUUCUUUGCUGCUUGGCUUUUGAAUGAUGUUUCAUGGUACGAAGAAAACUAUUAUGAACAUGGUCUCAAAUUCAAUGCAGUAGAUGUGAGUCAUCUCAACAACCAGCUGUUUUCGGCUUUGUAAAACACUGGCAUUAAGGGGGUUAACAUAUUUGUACAUUAGGACUAUUGUGGUUUAUUUUCUCUUCAGGUCUACCACUAUGGUUGCUGUAGUUAUGGUGAGAAAAAAAAU